CGAUUAUUAGAUACUAGAAAUUGUGCUAGUCGAUUUACCGGAGCUGCAACAAAUUGAGGAUGAAAUCUUUUCCGUGGCUUUAAACGCAGUAUUUAUUCCACACGUUGCAGCAUUUGGCAGGAUGUCAGGAUGGCAAGUGGCCCUGGCUUGCCGGACAGCCUGGUGCUGGAAAUCUUCCUGCAUCUCCCUCAUAAGGCAGUGCUGAGCGCUGGACUCACCUGCCAACAGUGGUCUGCUGUAUCACGGGACGAGUUCCUCUGGAAGGAGCUCUUCUACAACUAUUACCGCAUCCCGCGAUCUGUGCCCCGCCAUCCAGCGGCUGUGUCAUGGUACAGGGAGUUCAAGCGGCUGUACGACUGCAUCCCCUGUGUUGAGGUUCAGACACUGAAGGAGCAUCAUGAUCAGGUGCUGCAUCUGGCCUUCUCUCAUCGCGGACACCGCUUCUCAUCCUGCUCCAAAGACUGCACUGUAAAGCUUUGGGACACGGAGCAACCAGAUGGCAAUAUCUCUUUGGUUCACAGCUCCAGCAUGCGACAGUUUAACUGGGGCUACACUCAGUUCUCCCAGUUUAAUGCUGAUGACACCCUCCUGCUGGUGUCAGGAGUUUACCUGGGCCCGCAUCACUCAUCCUCUGGAGAGAUUGCAGUCAUCAGUUUAGAGAACUUCACUCUGUUGUCCCGUGUGAGAAAUAAGCCGUAUGACGUAUUCGGGUGCUGGCUGAAUGAGACUCACCUGAUUUCUGGUAACCUGCACUGGAUUGGCAACAUGACCUCGUGCUCUGUGCUGUGGCUCAACAAAGCUUUCCAGGACAUUGAGUCAGAAAACGUGAAUGUGGUGAAACGUCUGUUUAAGAUCCAGAACAUCAACGCCAGCACCAUCCGUACAGUGAUGGUGGCUCACUGCCGUCGGCACGACUCUCCAGACCUGCUGCUUGACUAUGAGGCUCAGUCACAGGCUCAAGCUCAGGCCCAGAACACACAGCAGCACCAGCCUCUGCUGUUUGACCUGGGAAACACUGAUAGUGAAGAGGAGCAGGAUGAAGAUGAGGACGAGAAAGUGGAUAAACGAGGAGACAAGAGAAGCUUUGUGCAUCUGCCCUCAUCGAACCCACCUGGGUUGCAGCAUGUUAUACAUGGUCGUCAGAACAUAGCAGCUCGUGAGCGGGAGUUGGAGACGCGGGUGGCCCAGCUAAUGGGCAGCAGACGCACCAAAGCUCCUGAUCCAAACUUGGUGUCUCCCUCUGCUCCUGGAGAAGGAGAGGACAAGACCUACCUCCUCUUCACCACCGGCAGCCUUACCUACUCCCCUCACCAGAUAGGUAUCAAGCGGAUAAUGCCUGAUCAGAUGACGACGUGUGGGCCUGUCUUAGGAGAGGAGCGGAGCACAGAGGAAUUCUUUGACUCACUUGAUCAUGUGAUUGACAUACAUGGCCACAUCAUUGGCAUGGGCCUGUCACCUGACCACAGGUACUUGUAUGUGAACAGUCGAGCAUGGCCGACAGGCUGUGUGAUCUCUGACCCCAUGUCCCCUCCACCUAUCGCUGAAGAGAUCGACCUGCACGUGAUUGAUCUGAAGAGUCUUCGAGAGGAACGCCGCAGCCUUCGAGCACACCGUGCCUUCACACCCAACGAUGAGUGCUUCUUCAUCUUCCUUGAUGUCAGCCGGGACUUUGUCGCCAGUGGUGCAGAAGAUAAGCACGGUUAUAUAUGGGACCGGCACUAUAACAUCUGCCUGGCGCGCUUGCAGCAUGAUGACGUGGUGAACUCAGUGGCCUUCUGCCCAGCGGACCAAGAGUUGCUACUCUCCGCCAGCGACGACUCCACUAUUAAAGUGUGGCGCUCACCGCGCAUGAUGCGACUCGACCAGGCCCCCUCACGCCCCCCUCGGGGUCACAAACUGCUCUCCACACUACUCGGCCACAGACGUGCUAAUCUAAACGGUAAACCCUGACCAGGGCCCUGGCAGACAUACCGCAAGAUGGUCACAGAUGCCUUGAAACAAGACACUCCAUGAGAAAAGGGACACUUGUGAGGUUAAGAAAGUGUUGGGAAUGUUUGACUGGACUUCUAACUUCACUUGGCCCUCAUGCAAGAUCGGUGACCGCAACGCCCUUCCGAAAAGAUGGAAAGCACUCUUCACGAAAACAAAUGAGUGCUUUUUGAUGUGGAUAUAUGACAAAAAUGGCACUUCGACAGCUAUAUUCGUUGCUGGGUGGGUGAAAGAUGCAUUUAGCAUGACAGUGUUGUUUAAAAGAUGGAUGUUAGCAGGAUAUGUGCAAAGAAUUUGAAAACACAUUCAGUUAAAAGAUCAUAUUUUCAUAUACGUGCGUCACGAGUGCAGUCGUACAUCCUUUUAACCAAGUUUUGGGGAGUGUAAUGACACUUGUGUUUGUACUUUUCUUCAUUCUGUUUUUUACUAUGUUUAUUUUUUGUUGUUUUUAAGUAGAUCCAAGCUUGACAACCCAAUGAUGAGAAAUAGGAGAGCAUGGUCAGAGUCUUUAGUCCACAUUAACAAGCAAAUGCACAACAGAAUUGUGAGUCACGGUUGUUUUAUUUGCGGUCCAGUUCUACAAAAAGGGCGAUUAAUCUUACUGUGAUAACAGAAUGAAAAUUCAGAUGUUUACCUUUAAGCUACCCAUCCAAGUCAUUUUAUUUGCUCAUGGUUUUCUUUUAUUUUUCAAAAGCAGAGACUAACUUUAGUGGCCUCCAAAAGAAAAGAAACGUGCACUUUUGUAAUCUCAAAGAAACAAAUGCAUCGUCUUUGCAUUAUCAUGCGGUUAUUAUACAACGCGGCCGUUUUGCAGUUGUCUUGUGUUUGCAUAUUUAUUUUCUACAUCUAGUAUGACUACUAAGAAUUACAAAAGCAGAAAGAACUCUAUCAGGUCAACCGCAAGUAUUUCAUUCGACAUUAUAUGUUUAUAAAUUCAUGACAGUUUCACUAAGUUAAUGUUUUUGAGCUCCACUAAUGUACAGCAUUUUCAUACUAUACAGAAUCAAGGAGCUUUUCCAUUUUAUACCCAUAAACAUUUAUUUAAACCCCAGCACUUUGCCUUACUGAAUCAUAAACUAAUGUUAUCACUUAUUUUAAAUAUUCAGCAAAUGUGCUUGUUUGUAAUAACCUCAGAAGUCAUUGUAAAAUGAUGAGAAAGAUCCCCAUGCCGUACAUAUGUAGUAUGUAAAGCUCAGCUGUAAUAUCGGUUUCUUUCAUUUCGACGGCGUGCGACUUCAUGAAUCUCUUCCAAUUCGUUGUUUGGAUCCUUGUGAUUUUAUUUGUGCACAUAGAAAUUUACAUUUUAUCUGUAAUAAUUUCAGUUGGAGUUUAGACUAUAGUGUACAGCAGAACGUUCUCUUAGUUGUACAUCAUUGUGGCAAUUGUUUUAUAGGUUAACACUUGUGUUUUUAAUAAACCUAAUUCACAAAGUAUCAUUUUCUUUAUAUCUUUGACUCGAGGUUCGAACGCCUCAUGUAUAUUCGAGUUUCCCAAUUGCCUGUUACUAAUUCCCAUCAUUUCAUUUUGUAUUGUGGUGUACAAAUUGUUUACCCCAUUAAACAAUUUUUCUUUUUUCAGAUAGCAGUGUUUUUUGUUUGAUCAAUUCCUAUAAUUUUUUUUAUAAAGUUUCCUUAAGCAGCUACAAAAUGUCUUGUGUUACUUAUAUACAGGGUUGUGAGGGUUACUUUUGAAAUGUAUUUCACUACAGAUUACAUGCUGUUAAAUGUAGUUUGUGAUGUAUCCCGUUAGAUUACUCAAGGUCAGUAAUGUAUUCUAAAUACUUUGGAUUACUUCUUCAGCACUGGUAGAUUUUUUUCACUUUUUUUGACUAUAAAAACUCUGUCAGUACUGUAAGACAAAAUACAUUCUCUGAAAAACCAAAAUAUCUUAUACAGUGUUGUUUCUAAAACAAGAUACAUCAAAUUGAGCUUGUUUUAAGGAUUUUUAGAUAUUUCUACAGGAAAACAAUAAAAAAAUUAUUACUAGCUAACAUGUAUUUUCUUGAUAAAAAUAUGAUCAUAUCUGGUAACGUGCAUGUAAAAUGGCUAGAAAUAGCAUUUUAGCUUAGCGUAAAGCUGACAAUUUAAACAAGGUUUAUUUCUAUUUCUUCUGCUCCAAACGUACUUCAAACUUACUUCUCUGUCUGCUCGUAUGAAUGUAACACAUCAUAAGAAAGUGUUUCACCGCUGUUCAAAUGCACUUUGGAUUGCAUCAUUUAUAUGAAUAAAUGUUUUCCUUCUGAAAGGACUAAAUAUUAAAUGAAACAAAUUACAAAAAAUGCAAAGUAAUCUCUUCAGUAAUCAAAAUACUUUGAGUGUUACUGUACUCUAAUUACCAAUUAUUUAAAUUGUAACUGUAGUGGAAUACAGUAACUUAUAUUUUGUAUUUUA